UUUUACUACUUAAAAAUAAUUCCUUUCUUUGUUGCAUGUAUUAGAAACAAUGAGGAAAAGCUGAAGUCUGCCCAAGCCAGGUGUUUCUUGCUGGCAGCCUGCUCCCUAAUGACUCUGGCGCUCAUACAGCAGCUGCCUGCUAGUCUCCUUUGUAUGGCCUAUUGUUGCUGCACACCCCUCGUUAAUACACAUGCUGCCUGGGGCAGACCCUGAGAAUGACAUCAACUUGCUUAUCUUAGAAACCUACAAACCUGAUACAGGGUGGGGAGGUUGCCUUGCAUCUGCCUGGCCAACUAAUUGUGAAUUCUCUGGCCUAUGAUUGGCUGUUGUUCCACUCAGUAAUAGGUUAAGCAAAGACAUUGCCAUUCCAUCUGUUCAACCAUUCAUUGUUCUGCUUGCUUGCCUGGAAGUCUGCAGCUGAAAUCGUGUUAAGGAGUUGCUUCUGGAACUGCUACAAGAAACCAAUGUCUCUGUGUUUUCCAGCUAACGAAUACGGGACACUUUAUAUUCAGGAAUACAGGAAAAACAGCAAAGUGGAAUCGAGUACAUGCAGCAGCUUCAUGGGCUUGAAGGAUCAUCUGGGGCAUGACCUAGGCCAUCUUUAUGUGGAGCGCACUGACACACAAAUAAAUGCAGUUGGAUCUUGGUCAAUGGUGGAGAAACCAACAAUGGAUAAAGUUAACUCUAGGAAGGAAGAUGCAGAUAAGGAGGCAUCUGAGGAGACUGGAAGCUCCAGUUGUGAUUCAGAAGAGAGCACAAAUUCUGAUAACGAGUCAGAGAGACUGAAUAACAUUACAGCAGAAUCACAUCUGCUACCUAAGACUCACCGACAACUGUGCAGGUCUCCCUGCUUACAGCCUCAUGUACGAAAACGUAACGAAAUCUUACAAGACCUUAAGAUAGAGGAGGCCCAGAUAGUAUCUAAGGAAGUAAAGAAGCCCCCUGAUGUGGUGAAGGAAUAUCAAACCAAACUGGAGUUUGCACUUAAGUUAGGUUACUCUGAAGAACAGGUUCAACUUGUGCUAAAUAAGCUUGGCACUGAUGCUUUAAUCAAUGAUAUUUUGGGAGAACUUGUCAAACUUGGAAAUAAAACUGAGACUGACCAGCCUGUAAAUAAUGUUAACACUAACAUAAUGCGUGAAGCAUCUUCCAUAGAGUCUCAGAGGUCUGAGUCUCCAUUUCAGGAGAAUGUGACUGAAGAUGGAGAUAACCUGAGGCCAAUAGUUAUUGAUGGCAGCAAUGUGGCAAUGAGCCAUGGGAACAAAGAAGUAUUUUCUUGUAGAGGAAUAAAAUUGGCAGUAGACUGGUUUUUGGAAAGACGCCACAAAGAUGUUACAGUGUUUGUGCCAGCAUGGAGAAAAGAACAGUCAAGACCUGAUGCUCUUAUCACAGAUCAAGAAAUCCUGCGCAAGUUAGAAAAAGAGAAAAUUCUGGUGUUUACACCAUCCCGUCGUGUGCAGGGGAGAAGGGUGGUAUGCUAUGAUGACAGAUUCAUAGUGAAGCUGGCCUUUGAGUCAGAUGGUAUCAUUGUGUCUAAUGAUAACUACAGGGAUCUAGCUAAUGAAAAGCCAGAAUGGAAAAAGUUCAUAGAUGAGCGAUUGUUGAUGUAUUCAUUUGUCAAUGACAAGUUCAUGCCUCCUGAUGAUCCUCUUGGCCGUCAUGGCCCAAGCCUUGACAAUUUUCUAAGGAAGAAACCUAUUGUACCGGAACAUAAGAAGCAACCAUGUCCAUAUGGAAAGAAAUGUACCUAUGGACACAAAUGCAAAUACUACCACCCAGAAAGAGGAAAUCAGCCUCAGCGGUCUGUUGCUGAUGAACUUCGAGCCCUGUCUAGAAGCACAGCUGCCAAAGCUGCAAGUGAAGGAGGACUGGUAAAAAGCAACAGUGUUCCUUGUAGCACUAAGAUUGAUGGCACUUCUGAUCUCAAACGUGCUGCUCCAAAGAGGCAAUCAGAUCCUAGUAUAAGGACUCAAGUCUACCAAGACUUGGAGGAAAAGCUUCCCACCAAAAACAAAUUGGAAACCAGGUCUGUUCCUUCUUUAGUUAGUAUACCGAAUUCUUCAGUUGUAAAACCCCAAAGUACUGCACCUUUAAGCAAUGGCCUUCCAUCCGGGGUUCAUUUCCCACCUCAGGAUCAAAGACCACAGGGACAAUAUCCUCCAAUGAUGAUGGCAACCAAAAAUCAUGGAACGCCAAUGCCUUAUGAGCAGUACCCAAAAUGUGAGUCUCCUGUGGACGUAGGCUACUACUCUAUGCUGAACGCUUAUUCGAAUCUAAGUAUUUCUGGUCCACGCAGUCCUGAAAGGCGUUUCUCCUUAGACACCGAUUAUAGGAUUAGCUCUGUAGCUUCUGAUUGUAGCAGUGAAGGUAGUAUGAGCUGUGGUAGUAGCGAUUCCUAUGUGGGUUACAAUGAUCGGUCUUACAUGAGUUCACCUGACCCGCAAUUAGAAGAGAACUUAAAAUGCCAACAUGUGCAUCCACAUAGCCGCCUUAAUUCACAGCCCUUCCUGCAGAGUUACCAUGAUCCUUUAACAAGAGUGCAAAGUUACAGUCAUGAAGAACCAAAGCAUCAUCACAAACCUCCUACUCCAUACAUGUCUGUACAUCUACAGCAUCCUACAGUUGGUGCUCGUUCUAGUUGCCCUAAUGACUACUCUGCUCUUCAAAGUUUGCAACAUUCAAAGACCAUGCAUCUGGGGAGGGCCCUUGUAUCCACAAGAAUAGAUAGCAUUUCAGACUCACGUUUAUAUGAUAAUUCUCCAUUAAGACAAAGAAAGCCUUAUUCCAGCCAAGAUGGGCUUGGAAGUUGGGAUAGGCAGAGUUAUGGGAUUGAUGCGUACGGCUAUCGUCAGACUUACUCCUUGCCUAGUAACCCCACUCAGCCAUGUUACGAGCAGUUUGCCUUCCAAAGUUUACCUGAGCAGCAAGACCAGACUUGGUGCAUACCUUACUGUGGAAUUCCUCAAGAUCCUCCAAGGUAUCAAGACACACGGGAGAAGGUUUAUAUAAACUUAUGCAACAUCUUCCCUCCCGAUCUUGUGAGAAUUGUUAUGAAAAGGAAUCCUCACAUGACAGAUGCUCAGCAACUUGCUGCAGCCAUUUUAGUGGAAAAAUCCCAGCUAGGUUAUUGAAAGAUGAUGCAUCUUUGUGGUGUCUAGUAGUUUUCAGUUCAGCUCUAAUGCUGAGGGAGGUUUGCUACAAUAGCAUAUGUGAUCUCCUUCUCAGCAAGGAGGUUAUAUAGUAAUCCAUUUAUGUGAAAAUACAGUAUCAUGGAAUCUGUAUGUAUAGCCCCAUGCAUUGGAAGUAACAGGUUUGUUUUACAUUCUAACUUGAAAUUUUUAAGUGGUUUUAAGCUAUGUUCAUGACUGAAAUCUUUCCAGUCUAAGUUUAAUAUAUGUGUGUGUGUUAUCUGUGGUCUCCGGUAAUAAUCUUUGGUGCAUCAGGGGUUUAUAUGCAGCACUUUCUAUCUUUUUGUUAUAUGUUUUAUUAACUUACUGGAUGUUUGUCCUUCAGCUGCAAGGCAUUAAAAGAAUCUGCAGAAAGUUGAAAGAAUUUUAAUAGACCUGGCAAACAAUUUUCAAGCCAAGCUUAAUUUGAACUUUUAACAGCAAUUAAUUUAUUAUUAUUUAUUUAUUUUGAGGGCUUCUUUGUGCUAUAAUCAUUUAUUUAUAGAAAACAAAGAUUUACUAUGGCACUGACUUUAUUUUUUAAAUAAACUAUUAAGUUACCAGUUAAAGUUGAAAUGGGUAACGAUAUAUUAGUAAUUUACAGUAUGGCACUUUUCAUUGCUCUUUUAAGAAUAGUUUUUAAUGAUUUGAUUCGGUUGAUUUAGUAAGAGCAGAUGCAAUCAAAAGUAAACGAACUCAUUUCCGUUACUUUUUGGAUAAGGCAAAGCCUGGUGGUCUGAUUUGCAAAGAUUCUGAGCAUAUGCAACUCCCUUUGAAUCCAGUAAAAGCUGCAGCUGCUCAGAACUGCCUAAAAUCAGGCCAUGAAUGUUUCAGUUCAGAUACAUUGUUGUCCAGCUCUUCUGUGCUUCUGGUCAGUAGAAAUGGAACUGAAAGUUUAGGAUUCCAUUAAAUUGUUUUAUAUUCAUCUUUUUUUUUUUUUUAAUUUGUAUUUGUGCACAGGUGUACUGGAUAAAAUAUGCUUUUUCAUAAAAUAUUUACCUGUUUUUAAAUGAAUCUAAGUAUUCUCAAUGCAAGUUUUGUAUUUAAGAUACUGUUCAAUUUUCUUGCUAUUUAUUAAGGCUGGCCUGAGACGGUUUUGUGUGUUGAGGAUAUGCAACAUUUAUUAACUGCACUAUGGUAAUAGUAUUGUAGCUGAAAAUGAUAACUUAAACCUUUUUGUAAGAUACUGUAUAUGUUCCAGAAGUUAGUUUUUGGCCUGCUGUAUUAUGUAGGCCUAAUUCUUGCCACAAAUAGUAUAGCUGUAGAAACAGAUUAAAAUAGUCUGUUCUAGUAUUAGUAAGGGAUAUUUCUGGUUUUAAGUCAUGGGUUUUACUAUUGCUUCAAACUUUUUUUUUUAUACAGGGUUUGCAAUCAUUGGCAGAGGGUUGUAUUUACAUGAUGUAGUCAGUUGCCUAUAGUUUUAGGAUUCCAUAUAAAGUAACAUUGUUCAGUGUUGUUAAUUCACUGGUUUACAAUGUAAUUGAUGAUAAUUUUGAUAUACUUGCUGCAAUUUAAAGUAAGGCCCUGAAGAACCAGAAAGUACCUAUACUGUUGAUACAAAUUGUAUCUUUUUAACUGAGAACUAUUUUGAUUUGUAGAUCUAGUUAAAACACAAAUGUGUAACUAUAAUUAGAAUUUUGGGCAACAUUUUAUCCCUUAUUUAAAAUAAUAGAUUUCAAUCUAGAAUAGAGUUAGACAAAUAAAAAUACAGUAAUUUAUUUAGAUAAGUGUCUGUCUCAAUUUUAUAUUUUUAUAAUUUUGUUUUUAAAAAAGCUAUUGGCAUUUUCUUCCUUCUAAAACAUACCUAGUGUGAACUUACUAAAAUAAAGGUAAAAUGCUGCCUGAAAAUAAUGUCCAAGCACCUUUUGAAUAGGAAAACAUUUUCACUACUUGUGUGACACUGUGUGUUGCAAGAAGUAGGAUUAGGGUAUACAGUAAAUGCUUCUAAAAAGCAUUGAGCUUAUAGACGUAUUCAAUAAUCUGAACCAUGUUCAGCAAACUUAAUUCAGGAAGUGUUCUUCUCUACAGCUUUUACAGUUGAUUUUUUGAGGUGGGAUCUGCAUUCAUCUGUCCCUUGUAACACAAUACAGGUGGUGCUGUACAUAAGCUAUCCUGAGUUGUUUAGGGGGAGAACCUGUUCACCUGUGACAAUAUUUUUUCCCUUGAUUUUGUUGGUCACUAUCUGUAGAACAUGUUUUAAUGUAGAAGCUAGUAAAGUGUGACUCUGAGGUUAUAAACAGUAAGUGAGUCUUGUCUUAGUUGUACACUAAGAUUUUUUUUAAUCAAAUUACACUUUUAAGUAGUACACCAUAGUGUAGGUGCAUCUGUUUUAAUAAUUAUAUUAGUGUUUUGUCUCUAAUGCAUUUCUACAUUUAUAUUUGUAUGUAUGAAUUAACUUCUACCAAAAGCUGAAUUCCUUUAAACAUCUGAAGAGAUGUGUAUGUAAUAGAUGCAUUUCAUUUUUUUUUCAGUCAGAAUGUCUCCUAAUAAUGUAGCAGUUUGAUAUAUAAUAAAUCAUUAGUCUUGUCUACAUUAUUAAAAUGGUGAGAGGAGUAACAGGGCACUGUAUGCUGCAGUGCACAGAUAAGAGCUAUCAGCAUUGGAUGCUUUCUUGUAUAUGUAAUACAGUAUUGAAUCAUUUAAAGCAAGUUGAUUGCUAGAAGCAUUCUUAUACCAUGUCAAAUUGUGCUUUGUCCUAAAGCACUAAAAUUGCUUUACAAAAUGUAAGAACAGGAGUUAUUUGGCAGCUUUUAAUAUUGUGCAAUGAUAUGCUAGUUCAAGUCCAGCUUUGUUAUAUCGUGCAAAGGAAAUUUACUGCUGACAAAAUAUUCCCCAUUGGUAUUUCUCUCUCUGUGAUUAAUAAAAGCAAAUGAGCAAUACCUUCCAUGAGCUCGUCAUCCUGGAAGAGUUCACUCUAGAUAUUUAAUAGCUUAGAGAAAUGACACACCAGUAUGUAUAGGACAGUGAUAAUACUGGUGAAACUUUACAUUUGAUUUAUGUUAAAUGCAUUGAUGCAAAUAAUAUAACUGUAAAAUAAGGUGUGAUUUAUAUAUAUUUAAGAAGUCAAACUGGGAUAUUGACUGCUUGCCUUUACGCUGUUUGAAUAAUAUGGCUUUCAUGUGUGGAUAAAGUAUUCAGAGCGAAGCCUUACGCCAUCAUUGAAGAGAGGGGAACAUUUUACUUUGUCUGCAGUAUUUUUAGGAGAAUUAUUUUGAUACAUUUACCAUAAAUUAUGUAUUAUAAAAAUAAAACACUCUGCUUUUAUAGAUGUACAAUAUUUUAUAUGGUACACAUAUUUCCAUAAUACAUCCACUCACAACUUUUAUUUUUCUAGCUAGAUUAUCAAUAUUAGCUUUUUAAACACAUCUCAAAGAUACCUUUUUUAAUUAGUUAAAUGUGCAUGGGCAAUUCUUUUCCUGCUAGUGUUUUAACUUCAGUGAAAUAACACCAAGACUGAGUUUGGCCCAUAUUUUAUAUCAAAGCCAGUCUUAACGACUGUUCCCACUGUGUAGGAUUUUUAAAGAAUUCUUCCUUUUAUCUUUAAAUCUCAGUUACCACCAACUACUAUUCUUCUGAGGUAAGAUAUUGUCUUUGCAGGUAAUCUCUUUUGUCCAGUAUGUCUAAAUUAAAAAAUCAAACCAAACUAAACCCUAGCAAUUGGGAUGGCAGAGCUGAAAGUUUCACAUUCAGCCUAAUAAACUAUUGUUCAGGCUUAGGGUGACUACAGGUGGCGUUCACAUUUGAAGGUCAGGAAGUGAACUGUUGCUGUGUUUUUGGCCCUUCUUGGAAGGUGUACGUGAAUAUACAAAGAGAAGAGGAGAGUUUGGCUUUAGGGGUAGGAGGAGAAUAUCAUCUAAAAAAUAAAGAUGUGGAUGAAAACCAGAGUAUCUUAUUUAGUCAAACCUAAAACUCUGCAGCCUUUACCUUAGGAAAGUGACAGACUUAUGAAGAAACAUUCUUGGCUGGGAUGGUGGAUGUGAAGGUUUUCAAGUCUAGGCACCACUAUCGCCACAGUAAGCAAUUACCAAAACAUUUGUCAGGUGAAGAUUUGAGCAAGAGGAUUUUGGUAUGUUAGGACUGAAAUACUGACACACGGCUAUCAUAAUAUCAGAAUGUUUAAAAAAUAUCCAAUUGACUUAAUAUUGUUAUUGGACAGUAUAAUACUGUGCAAUUAAGAGACCAUUUUUAAAAAUAAAACAUUGUUUAGAAGUUAUUUUUGAUUUACAAUGUAAGUUAUUCUUGUUAAUUUAUUACUUGCAUUAUAAAGAUGAGGUGGAAUAUCUUUAAAUCUAACUUUUAAUUACUAUAGAAGAAAAAUAUCAAAACAAAGCAAAUUAUUGAUUAAAGCAAAGAUAUCCUUAAUGGCCAUGUUUUGUUUUUAAAAGUUAGGGUUUUUUAAAUGUCUGAUCUCACAUUUUAUGUAUUUUGUAAAUUAGAAAAAAAUGGAAGCCAUAGUAUAGUUUAAGAAUUUUAUUUGAAUUAUAUAAAAUACAUGUAGUCGUUGUUUAGCUUGGAUAUGUAAAUAAUUCUGUAGUAAUCCAUCUUAAAUAACUGUUCUAACUAAAACUUUUCUAGACAACUACACUUGUAUCUAGACAUUACAUUCACAUCUGUGGGAAAAGUUUCACUUAUGCUCAUCCUAAGACUUAAUCAGCAACUGGUGUUCCGAUGAUCUAAUCGUGUAUAUCACUGGGCAGUCUGUGCACAUGUGAAACUUACUCCUGUAUGUACUUUUUUGCAGUGCAUUACAAACCUUUAUUUUUGUAUAUAAAAUACACAGCAGCAUAUAAAGGUUUCUACCAAAUUAUAGUGAAUUCAGUUAGUAACUGUAGAAUGCUAUACAUAGUUUUGCUGGCUCCGAAAUUCAGUUCUUAGAGUGUUCAGUUUUUUUAAUUGUAUUCUACUAUAUCUAUGUGUUAAUGAUCUAAGUUAAAAUUGUUAUGCCCUCUUUAAAAUGUGAAAAGUUUGGCCUUUGUUCUCAAGAGAUUUUUUUCAUUCCUUAUUUAGUCUUUGUAAUAAUUUGAGACCCCAAUCCUGCAAAAAUGUAUUCAUAUGUCUAACCUUAAACACAUGAGUAGUCUCAUUAACUUCAAUGGGACUACUCCCAGGUUUACAGCUAGGCAUGGGCAUAAGUGUUUGCAAGAUUGGGGCCUGAGUUUGGAUAUAUUUUAGACUGGAACCUGGUGAAAAUUUUAAUGUGUAAGAUCAAAUUCUCUGCUUUUAUAAAUGGGUGAAAUGGCACUAACACCAGCAGAGAAUUUGGCCAGCACUGCACAUGUUCUAGUGAUUAAAAUGCAGACAGAUAUUUCCAUCUAACAAUUUGUCCAGAUUCUGAUUCACCCCACAUAAUCUAUUUUUCCUUUUGUAAGACAACUUUUUUCUCAGGUGAAGUAUAAUUUAGCAUUUGAAAAAAAUUGAGUGGAAUUCUUAAUGAGACUGACAUUUAAAAAAAAAAAUUUCACCAACAAAAUACUAAAAUGCAGACCUAGUGGCACGAGUCAUGGUCUGUUUUGUUUUGUUGUCUCUCUCUCACACACACACACACACGCACACCGUAACUUGUAUUGAUUAGGUGGGAUUUUAGUGUUUGUCCUGACGUCCCCUCUGGCAGAAAAAGCUUGUCAGAGAACAGUUUGGACCACCUGAUAAACUUAAACUUAUUCUCUGCCUUCGCUGGCUGUUGUGUACUAUUUCUGUGAUGUGACUGUUCACAUCUGUUAGCAGUAUUUUCGAGCUUAAGAAAAACCAUUGCAAAACAUGUACAUGGAAUUCUUCUAUUAGAGAAAAAAUAAAGAUACCUUUUCUCAUGA